UACAUUUUUGUGUGACCGCCGAAUCGAUAACAAACCAAUGAUAACUAGUCUGAUAAUCUUUAAACCUAGUGAAACAAUUUUGACAUAGUACUUAGUCAUAUUCAAUCAUUACAAAAUUGAAGCGGACAUUGAAUUGCGUUUGAACAAUAACUAUUAGGUGAAAACAGUGAAAAUGGUGCUAGAAGAUACCAAGAUAGUGGUUUUAAACAUAUUCAAUACAAUAACUCAUAUGGUGAUAGGAGGAGUGACGCUAGUGGCAAUAGUGUUCGCUCUACGGCCUGGCUUCAGUGAUGACUUUCGACAGCAUAUCAUUAUGUGUACAGUUGGGUACAUAAUGCUGAUGUGUGAAGCCGUGCUGACCUUCAACUCGAACAACGCGUGGUCCCACACGCUGUACCACUCUCAGAAGAAGGUGGCCCACCUGGCGGUGCAGGUGGCCGGCUCCUCGUUGGCCCUCGCUGGCUGCAUCAUCCGCAUCAGCGGCUACGGCGGGAAACACUUCUCCACUGCUCACGGGGUUACUGGAUGGCUGGCAUUCAUACUGACCUUUAUUAGUUUGAUUGGAGGGGUCCUCAACUUGUAUUUGAAGCAACAUGACAAAAUCAUCAAGAUAUGCCACGCUUCUUUGGGUUCAGCCACUUUAAUUUUGGCUGCUACCACUUUGUGCUUAGGUUUUGACAAACAAUUAUUCAGGUUAUUCGCUUCUGACUCCGCGACUAACAUUCUAAUUAUCGCCACAGUAGUGGUGUUAGUUGGUACUUUCUAUUCAGUGGUCAUAAAUGGUAUUAAAAGGUUAUCUAGCUAAAUAUAUUGUUAUUGAAAUAAUUUGUAAUUACAAAAUUCAUUUACAUUUAAGUUAAUUAUAAUUGAUGAACAUAAAUUAUAAUUCUAGAGUUAUGUUUUUACGAUUUAGGUACUAAAAUAUUAUAAUUAAAUGUUAUAUAAACUUGUAUGAUGUAAUUUUUAUUUCAGUUGUUUCAGCGCAUUAGAAUAUUACCAACUAAAAACAUAAAUAUUUCGAUCAAAUUCUAAAUUAAAUGUUUACAAAAAUGGGGUCAUUUUGUUGAUGGAACCUUGUUGUAGCUUGUAUAUGACUACGGAUCAAACCACAGACUUUAUCAAACCCAAUCGGACCCUACAACAGUUUGUUCAAUAGUUACAAAAAAUAUAUCUAAGAUUGAUUUAUUUAUUUGAAUUGUGUGAUUAUUGUAUUUAUUUAAUUGUAGGUACUUAAGGGUAUUUUGUUGUACUACCCUGUAUCUCUAUAUUACCUUUGAUAAUAAUUAUCUUCUACAUAGCAACCCAUAAAACUAUGAGUUAACUUUAUCAUUAAUUAUUGUCUCAUGUUUCUUCUAAGUACCCGAUAAAGGACUGUCUUCGAGAGGUAUUUACGUACCUGACUCAAUCCGUACCUAAAAUAAUAAACUUGUAGUUCAAAACUAACUCUUAUACCUGAUUGUUAGGUAUACUUAUUUCAGAAUGGUCCUAGGUCCUAGGUAAAUCUAUUUUGUAUGUAGAUACCUACCCUCUUAUAGUAAAUUGUAUAAAAUUAUUGCACGGUUGAUAUAAUCUACAGUUAGUUGCUUUUGCAUUGCAUUGACACGACGCCGUUUGAAAUAUUUUACAAUAAUAUUAUUAUGUCAAAUUCAGAUAUGCACUGUAUAUCCUAUUAUAAUGAAGGGGAACCAUUAGAUGUGGACAACGAACCACAGCGACUUAAUGACAACAACCACAUACAGAAAUAUGAAGAUCCAAGGAACAUCGAAGAGGAUUUAAAUCAGUCCAAUCCCAUGCAAAAAUCCAAUCAAGCUGCAAUGAAUGAAUCCUAUUUUACAAAUGAAGCCGAAAUAACAAACAUCGAUAAACUGCAUGAACAUGAACAUUAUAUCAUUAACCCCGAAAGUACUGAUCAGUCCAAUCCCAUGGAAAAAUCGAAUCAAGCUGUUACGAAUGAAUCCCAUUUUGUAAAUGCAGCCGAGAUAGCAAACAUGGAUGUACUGCAUCAACAUGAAAAAUAUAUAAUAACCCCCGAAAGUACUGAAAUAAUGCCGAAAGCGAUGGUAACAAAAAUUGUAUCAGAAUCAACAUUUCUAACUACUUUCAGAUUAAUCAUAAAUAUUAUCACACACAUUUUAAUAGCAGUGACUAUUUUUGAAUCUGUGAAAUUAGCGAUGGUAUCAAAACCCAUGAACAUGAUACAAUUACACAUCAUACUGUGUGUCAUUGGGUACCAAUUCUUCAUGUGCCAAGGCGUGUUGGUGAUGUCUGCCAAGAACAGUUGGUCAUACUUUCUCUCAGACACUCACAACAAGUACUUCCACGGUGUAUUCCAUUUGUUGGGCUUCGUGCUAGCAGCCGCAGGGACGGCCUUGGUGGUCAUCGACCAGUCAGCUAAAUUUGCAUCCGUUCAUGGGCUACUUGGAAUAAUAGCACUAGUUCUCAGAAUCAGUUGCAUUUUCUGUUUUGAGCUUAGAGCUUACGUCGAUGGACCUUGGCUGAAGGGAAUUCACUUUUCAUCGGGAAUAUUAACGUUGUUGGCGUCUUCUGCCUGCCUUGCCUUGGGAUUAUAUUAUAACGUCCCACAAAGUUUAAUCUCCGACGGAUUUCUUCUCACUUUAAUAGCAUUUACAACAAUAUUUACAUUAUUAGUUAUUAUUCAGAGAUCAAUAAAUUUUGACUUGUACAAACUACCAAUGAUCUAAAAAAGAGUUUUUGUAAAUUACUUAUAUUAUGUAUUUUAGGAAUUUUAUAACUUUCCUAAUAAAUGUGUUAUCCAUCAUUGUUU